AUGGAGAAGGUGAACAUCGAGCCAUGUGUGAAGAUGGACACCCAAACCCUUGAUCUUCUCAAGAUAAGAGAUGAUGUCACAUGGUACAUAAGGAAGCUAGGCUUGAGCAAGCUCUUCAAGCUAGAGUGUAGUGAGUACUCACAACUCACCAAGGAGUUCCUCUCCACAGUAGCUCUUGCCUUUCCCAACCACAAUGGAGACCAACCAGCUGGUGAUGGACUCCUACUCUUCAAGAUAGGCGAUGCCAAUGGGCGCAUCUCCAUCUCAGCUCUAUGCCAACUCUUUGGACUUCCCAAUGAGACAGCACAUGACUUCAAGGAGAACUCAAAGAGGAAACAAGCUGCCUUUGCUGAUUGGACACACUUUGCCAAUGAACCAUUCUUGCCUUCAAGGUCAAAGGUGUCUAGAAUCACUCAUCCAGCCAUUCGCUAUGUGCACCGCCUCAUCUCCACCACUUUCCAAUGCAAACAAGAAGCCAACAAGGUCACAACUGAUGAGUUCUACAUCCUCACCACACCAUUCAUCAAGCAUGAGUACAAGGCCAACCUUGGACUUUUACUUGCCAAGACAUUCAUCAAUGUGAGGAAGCUAGCUCAAGACUUGGAAGGCAACAAGAAGCUUUGUGUUCGUUUUGGGAGGCUUAUCACGGCCAUAGUACUGCAUGUGGGGAUUGACAUUCCCAACUAUGAGCCACUACCCAAGCCAACCCCUUUGGAUCUCCAUGCUCUUCAGCACAUCCACUUCCUAAACCGUUGGACUAAAGACCCAACUCGGUUUUGCUAUGAGUUUCCAAUUGGUCCAGCCAACACUUCCCUUGUCUUGCUGCCACAUGAAGACAUCCCAAGCCUACGCUCAGGUGUUGUCACUUUCCAGCCCAAUGAGGAAGACUUCUAUGUUCCAUCAAGUGAGAAACCAUCAUUCCCCAUGCUCACCUAUCGCACACUUCAGCAUGCAGUCAAGACUCAACGCCGCCUCCAAGAACGCCAUGUUCUCACUACUGGCAUGGCCGCGCAUCAAGCUCUAGACCGUGUUAACAAGCUGGAGAAGAUAGUGGAAUGCCAAUCUCGCUUCAUCUCACGCCUAGUUCGUGUAGUUCGCCACAUUGCACCGGAGAGACUCUUUCGCCCUUCUUCCACCGCUAGAGAGCCAUAUGAGCCUGACCUUGGUGAGUUCUCACUAGACUCAGAGCUUGGUUCAGAAGGCGAUGACCCCAUAGAUGAGGAAGAGAGUUCUUCUCACUGCCACACAUAG